CUUCAUUUGUACACCUCCAAACAUGGCAUAUUGCAGCAGCCAAAGUUGCCGAAAAAAACCUGUUUGUGAAACUUACUGAUUUUAGAUUUUGAAAUCCACUUCAAUAGUCCCUGAACAGUGUUGUUAGCUGAAUUCCAGUUAAGUGACAAUUGAAACAUACAUGCUGGUCCUUUGUUUCUUUAUCCAACCAACACAUUCGACAAAUUUCAUCCAAGCAUAUGUUGAAAUGAUAGCCAGUUCCACACUCUUCCCUGCCAAUCAGUUCUUGGAUAAGAAGGACAUAGAAGUUUGUAACCCUCUUUAAUAGAGUAAGCUCGAUUUGCAUCAGGAGGUUUUUAUAAGGUGAUCGAAGAUGAUGAUAAGUGAAAUGAAAGUGAAGAUAAAAGAGAGUAGCUUAGUGAAACCAGCGGAGAAAGACCCUUCAAGAUCAUGGUCCACUAUUCCAUUAUCCAAUUUGGACCAACUUUACAAUGAGGGAAGGAGCACAUUACUCUAUUUCUACAAUAACAACUCAUCAUCAUCAUCAUCAGUUGAUGAUCAUCUCCUCAACCUCAAGGAAGCUCUUGCUAAGACUCUUGUGCUAUAUUAUCCGGUAGCAGGGCGGUUGAGCCGGGCCGAGAAUGGAGGAGAAGAGCGGUUAGAGAUUAAAUGCAACGACGAAGGUGUUUUGUUUGUGGUGGGGGAGACAAAGUCCCACAUCGAAGACCUUGGAGAUUUUACCAACUCCUCACUAAUCAUCUCUAACUUAAUUCCACCACCCUCACAUUACUCUGCUGGAAUUUCUUCAUUUCCUUUAAUGGCCUUCCAGGUAACUUAUUUUGGAUGUGGUGGAAUUUCUCUAAGUGUUGGAGGAGAACAUCGUGCAUUUGAUGGGCAUUCUGCUAUCAAUAUUAUCAAGUCAUGGUCUGAAAUUUUUAGAGGCCAACCCAACACAAUCACACCAUAUUUUGAUCGAACAUUACUUAAUCCUAGAAAUCCACCAAAAAUAAUGUUCGAUCAUACCAAAGAAUACCAACUACCCAAUCAACCUAAAUCUAUUGUUGACGAACAAAACUUCAAAGUGGUUAUUCUAAAAGUAACCAAGGAUCAACUCAACAAAUUGAAAAACAAAGCUAAAGAAUUAGUUAAUAACAAUAAUAAUAAGUACUUUAGUACAUUUUGUAUUAUGUCUGGCCUUAUAUGGAAAUGUGCAUGCAUAGCACGUGCACUUCCCAAAGAUCAAGAGACUAGAUUAUUUUUCAAUGUUGAUGGACGGUCAAGAUUGCAACCACCACUGCCACGUGGCUAUUUUGGGAAUGUAGUUUUUGACGCUAUGGCUGAGGCUUUGGCUGGUGAUAUUCAAUCAAAGCCAUUAUGGUAUGCAGUUGGGCUUGUACAUGAAAGUUUGAUGAGUAGAGAUGAUGAUUACUUAAGAUUAUUGAUUUUUUAAAAGUUAAUCCUAAUACAAAACGCCUUGAGCUUAAAAUGAGAUGUAAGUCACCAAAUUUUGGGAUUAAUAGUUGGGCUAAUUUUCCAGUUAAUGAUUGUGAUUUUGGUUGGGGUUUGGCAUUGGGGAUUUGUGGAAUUUCAGUUAGUGAAGGAAGAGCAAGUAUUUAUGAUGAUCCUACUCAAAAAGGAGAUCUUUGUGUACAUAUCUCUCUUCAGACUCAUCACAUCAAACACUUUGAAAGUAUUUUUAUGACAGUGUUGGAACAAAGCUGCAGUGAUCAUGAGCUAGAGUAAUAAUUAAGCUAGAUUGUUAUUUCAAUAAUGAUGUGUUGUAUUAUUAAUAAUCUUUUGUUGGGUUAGUUUUGUCUUUUUCUUCUAUGUGUAUUCUUAAUUUCCAGUUUAAUUAUAAUUUGAUUGUUUUUGGA